CCCGGAGCUCUGUCAGUGGCGGCGGCUGCCUGCUCCGGAGGCGGGCUGCGCGGUGGCCGCCCAAGCUGGCUGGGGUGGACGCCAGCGCCGGGCUUUGCCCGCUUCUUGAAGCUGUGAAUUCCUUUGGACAAUUGAUGAUAUUUAUCAUUGUGCCCAAUUUCUACAAAUAAAAGAUGGGUGGAUUAUUUUCUCGAUGGAGGACGAAACCUUCCACUGUAGAAGUUCUGGAAAAUAUAGAUAAGGAAAUUCAAGCUUUGGAAGAAUUUAGGGAAAAAAAUCAGAGAUUACAAAAAUUAUGGGUUGGAAGAUUAAUUCUCUACUCCUCAAUUCUCUAUCUGUUUACAUGUUUAAUUGUAUACUUGUGGUAUCUUCCUGAUGAACUUACAGCAAGACUUGCCAUGACACUCCCAUUUUUUGCUUUCCCUUUAAUCAUCUGGAGCAUAAGAACAGUGCUUAUUUUCUUCUUUUCCAAGAGAACAGAAAGAAAUAAUGAAGCACUGGAUGAUUUAAAAUCCCAGAAGAAAAAAAUACUUGAGGAAGUCAUGGAAAAAGAAACUUAUAAAACGGCUAAAUUAAUUCUUGAAAGGUUUGAUCCAGACUCAAAGAAAGCAAAGGAGUUUGAGCCGCCAUCUGCUGGAGCAGCUGUAACUGCAAGACCUGGACAAGAGAUUCGUCAGCGCACUGCAGCUCAAAGAAACCUUUCUCCAACACCAACAAGCUCUAGCCAGGGCCCUCCGCCACAAGUUCCAGUAUCUCCUGGACCACCAAAGGACACUUCAGCCCCUGGUGGACCCCCAGAAAGAACUGUUACUCCAGUCCUAUCAUCAAAUGUGUUACCAAGACGUCUUGGAUCCCCUGCUACUUCAGUGCCUGGAAUGGGUCUUCAUCCUCCAGGUCCACCUUUAGCAAGACCCAUUCUCCCCCGAGAACGAGGUGCUCUGGAUAGAAUUGUUGAAUAUUUAGUUGGUGAUGGUCCACAGAACAGGUAUGCCCUUAUAUGUCAGCAGUGUUUUUCUCAUAAUGGCAUGGCCUUGAAAGAAGAAUUUGAAUACAUUGCUUUUCGAUGUGCCUACUGUUUUUUCUUGAAUCCUGCAAGAAAAACCAGACCCCAGGCUCCAAGACUUCCAGAGUUUAGUUUUGAGAAGAGGCAGGCAGUGGAAGACUCAAGUUCGGUGGGUCACUUGCCUUCAGGAAGUGCUGUUUCAUCAGAGAACCAGAUCAGUGAAGAAUCUUUAGAAGAACAAGAUGUUCUUGAUAACAGUACAGAGCAGAAAGAUGACAAAAUAUCAGAUACAGAGCAGACAAACCAAGUGAUUGAAAAAGCAUCUGGCACAGAGGAACCAGAGGAGAAGCAAGAAGAGACUGAGAAUGAGGAAACCUUGGUGAAAGAAGCCAAAUCAACAGUUCCCAGAGCUGAUUCUAUUCCUGAUUCUGAACUAAGUGGAGAAUCUUUGAUGACAGUGUAGUAAAUGCUUCCACGUGCCUUCAACUGGAUAUUUGUAGUCUUUUUUGAUGUCAGUUUUUGCUUUUUAGGUGGUAUUCCCCCCGCUUUGAGGAUAUGCUUGAUAUCAUUUGAAUUCAGAUUGCCUGGCUAUUUCAAUAUGUCAAAGUUAUAUCUACUGGGUAUUAAAAUUAAAAGCAAGCGAUAUUAGUAAAGGACCUUUUGAGUGUGCAAAGACCCACACUAUUUAGACAGCUUUUAGAUAUUUUUUUUUCCAUUCUACAAGUAAACAGACAUGAUAGCAUUCUUGUUUUCUAUAUGUGUGACCUGUAAAUAAUAUCCAUUUUGACAUAGGAAGAACUUUGGUUAGGAAUAAGUUAUAAUAGUGUUUGUUUUAAGGACUCAAACUCAAUUAAGAUUUUUAAUACUUCAUCAUUAAAAAUGGAUAGAAUUUUAACUCUUGAGAUAUUUGCCAGGGGGAAAAAUGUCUAUUUAGGCAUUUACAUUAAGCAGUAUGAAAAUUGUACCUGUAACUAUAUAGGUAUUGGUAGGAAUUCUCAGUAAGAAUGCAAUUGAACAGUCAGGUGCAGUGUUUCUUUUUGAUGUCUCUUAUUUUGCAGCUAGGCCAAAGGUGUAUGAUGUAUAUAAUUAGCUUAUGUUUACAUAUUAACAUAUAGGAAAUAUCUCUGCACUUGACUGUACUUGAAUUCUGAGCAUUAUUUAUACUUGUAAAAUAUUGAUGAUAUUAUAAGUGAAUUUGUGCUCUUGUGUGUAUUUUGUUAAGGAAAAUAAAGGUGAUCUGG